ACUCUUCGCAUUUUUCAUCAUUUCUUUCCAGAGCGAGCGUUUAUGAUGCGGAAUCGUCCUCCAGAGACGAUAAGAGGAGUAUUCAGAGCCAUACCUUAAGCUUACCAGUACUCUGGGAUGUCGACAGUUGGCAUAAUCCUACAUCUGCGCUCGCGUUCAUGAUGCUACAUUGUCGACACUUUUCUUUCCGUCUAAAGAGCUAAUUCUCUAGACUCUCAAACACAUCAAUGAAGCCCCAUUUUUUCGACGUAGACAGUACUCCUCAUUCGAUGACGGAAGAUAAAUCGGUAAACUGUAUCGGUACUUAAUGAGGUAUGGAGUCUGGAGUCUGGACAGGACAACACUCACUAGAUUGUGGACCUAGGAUUGAGAAGAAUAUUAGCUUGAAGUGAUCUUGGUGACGUCAAGUUUUCUCCCAUUUCUUCACUGUGGCAGGACCAAUCAUGAGCUUCAGAAUGUGCAUAUUUAUCUUCAAACCAAUGUAAGUACCUGCAUUCGAUGAAAUUAUUCCGCCAACUGCGUGUUCAGUUCCAGGUGCUUCAGCAAACAUACUUUUUCCACAUGCACGACCGGACGGCCAACUCAAUUCGGCAGUUUUGGCGGGGCUGCGGCCCCAGGCUUCGACACUUGGUUCAAUCUAACUGUCGCUGGUAAAUCCUCCGGCUUACCCCGCAGAUCUAGUUAAUUACCAAGAUCAACCUCUGUAUUGCCGAUUGGAGCGCAUGGAAUACCUUUAUAUUUGGACCUUUUGGACACCGGUAUUGGAUAUGAAUUAUCUGCAGCUGUAAGAUCCGCUCUUUUAGUCAGGAGAUCUAACUGCUAACAUAAAAAUAAAGGUGACGUGGGUACUAGAGUGGAGAAAAGCCUCUCCAAUCAUUAUGGGCGGAGUAUAAAAGCUUUUUCCAAUACUACCUACCAUUAUGCGGGGUGCAUUCGAGGCGGUCUGGCUCAGCAUCGAAAUAGUGCUGUUGCUCUUUAGAAUUUUACAAACAGGCCCUCGUGACACACAUAAGACUGCUUCUAGGGAGCAUCAGAGGUGGAAUAAAGCACUCCAUCUAACGUUUGCCUCGGGCAUUCUCAUGGGUGGCAAUUUUGUGCGUGUACCAUGCGUGCCAAUUGGGAGCAGGCAAGCUAAGUGUUGCAAACUAAGUGAAGCUCAUAAAAGGCACGCCGGUCCCCAAGCCUACGAUGUGCUGUUCUGUGUCGGUAGCUAUCUAAGCUUGUUGUUGCAAGUGUGCCCAUCUCAACGUCCCCCAGAAGAAAAGUGAUCAACAUGUUCUCACAACCAAGACACCAACGCGCUCGCGCCUUCGCUCUAGGCCUCAUUGGCACUGGCUCCCUUGUUGCUGCUGGGCCAUGCGACAUCUACUCGUCUGGCGGAACACCCUGUGGUAAAGUUUGACCGGUUCAUUGAUUUCACCUUCUAUAAUCCUCAAAUCUGUUCUUCGAUUCUAGAACCCACUUUUGUAUUAUCUUAUGCAUUCCCUUCUUUUCCAAAUAAAUCCGUUUCUUGAAUUUCUGUGUGAAACUUUUUUGGAUACGCAGUUGCUGACUCUUCAAUCUUGCAGUUGCUGCACACAGCACUACUCGCGCUUUGUACAACGCCUAUAGCGGCUCACUUUACCAAGUAAGUGAUGGAGUUUUACAUUUAAUACUCCUUGGUAGCAGUCACUAACUUCAUGCGUGAUAGGUGAAACGCGGCUCUGAUAACACCACGACAAACAUUUCACCGCUAUCCGCAGGUGGAGUCGCUAAUGCUGCUGCUCAAGACACCUUCUGUGCUAGCACGACUUGUCUCAUCACAGUCAUUUACGAUCAAUCCGGGCGCGGCAAUCAUCUCACUCAAGCUCCUCCCGGUGGUUUUAAUGGCCCAGAAUCUAAUAGUUACGACAACUUUGCCAGCGCAACAGGUGCACCAGUUACGUUGAACGGUCAAAAGGCAUAUGGUGUCUUCAUUUCACCCGGUACUGGCUACCGCAACAAUGCUCCUAGUGGAAUAGCCACAGGUGACGCAGCUGAAGGCAUGUACGCGGUUCUCGAUGGAACUCAUUACAAUGGCGCCUGCUGUUUUGAUUACGGUAAUGCCGAAACUAGUAGUCGUGAUACUGGUAAUGGUCACAUGGAGGCCAUCUACUUUGGUGACAGUACUAGUUGGGGAAGCGGAGCCGGCAGUGGUCCUUGGUUGAUGGCUGAUCUUGAGAAUGGACUAUUCUCCGGUGUGAGUCCAAGUACCAACACAGGGGAUCCAUCUAUCUCCUACCGAUUCUUGACUGCAAUCGUCAAGGGAAAACCAAACCAAUGGGCACUUCGCGGCGCUAACUCUGCAUCUGGUUCUCUUUCGACAUAUUACAGUGGAGUGCGCCCAGAUGCCAGUGGCUAUAAUCCAAUGAGCAAAGAAGGUGCUAUCAUUCUCGGAAUUGGUGGAGACAAUAGCGUUGGUGCUCAAGGAACAUUCUACGAGGGUGUGAUGACCUCCGGAUAUCCCACUGAUGCUACCGAGAACUCGGUUCAAUCUAAUAUCGCAGCUGCUAAAUAUGCUACCACGUCAUUGACCAGUGGAACUGCUCUCACCGUCGGUUCCUCGAUCUCUCUUCGGGCUACUACCCCUGGGUACACAACACGCUACAUCGCGCACACUGGCUCUACUGUCAAUACCCAGGUCGUUACAACAUCAAGCGCCACCGCUCUGAAACAGCAAGCUAGCUGGCAUGUUCGCACUGGUCUUGGAAACAGUGCCUGUUUCUCAUUCGAGUCAAACGAUACCCCCGGCAGCUACAUCAGACACUACAACUUCGGACUUCUCGUCAACGCCAGUGACGGUUCCAAGCAGUUUUCUGAAGAUGCUACGUUCUGCCCACAGGCUGGUCUCAAUGGCCAAGGUAACUCGAUCAGGGCUUGGAGCUAUCCUACCCGCUAUUUCCGUCACUACGAGAAUGUGCUUUACGCCGCGAGUAACGGAGGAGUUCAUGCUUUUGACGCUGCCACUUCAUUCAACAACGACGUAAGCUUUGUUAUUAGCAAUGGAUUCGCUUCUUAAGUUCGUCGGUAUUGAGCAUCUCGUCGCUUACAGCCUGUAUGAGGUGCUCUUUCUUUACUUGUCAUCGUCAUCGGCGCGUUGAAAUAGGAUGAUAGCCUCCAAUGUGCAAAUCCCUUGUAGCACAUCUGUAUAUAUACAGGGGCUUUUUUUAGUA